GCCCCAGGCCGCCAUGGCGGGGAAGAAGUUCUCGUCCUACCACCUCGCUGCGGCCCUCCGCCGAGAGCCGGACCCCGCCGCCGCGCUGCGCCUCUUCCUCAACCCCCCGACCUCCACCAUCCCAUCCUCGGCGCCGUUCCGCUACUCCCUCCGCUGCUACGACCUCAUCAUCUCCAAGCUCGCCGCCGCGCGCCUCUUCCCGGCCAUGGAGUCCGUCCUCUCCCGCCUCGCCUCCUCCUCGGUUCCCCGUCCCCGCGAGCAGCUCCUCUGCCGCGUCAUCUCCGCAUACGGCCGCGCCCGCCUACCCGCCGCCGCGCGCCGCGCCUUCGCGCACCCGGCCUUCCCCGAGCCCCGCACCGCCCGGGCGCUCAACACCCUCCUCCACGCCCUGCUCGCCUGCCGCGCCCCCCUCAGCGACCUCCUCGCGGUCUGCCGCGACGCCAGGAUCCCGCCCGACGCGUGCACCUACAACAUCCUCAUGCGCGCGGCGGCAGCGUCGGGCUCCCUCGAGCACACGCGCCGCCUGUUCGAUGAAAUGCUGCGCCUGGGCAUCGCGCCGACUGUCGACACGUUUGGCACCAUUGUCGCCGCGCUAUGCGACGCCGGCCAACUGGAAGAGGCAUUCGAGGUGAAGGAUGCCAUGGUCAGGCGGCACGACGUGUCUCCAAAUGCCCAUGUGUACGCCAGUCUCGUGAAGGGGCUAUGCCAGAGAGGGGAGGUGGAUGCCGCAGUGAGGCUCAAGGAUGAGAUGGCGAGCAAACCAGAACUCUUGCAAAAUUCAGCCGUCUAUGGGGCACUUGUACGAGCAUUUUUCCGGGCAGGGCGCAAAGGUGAGGUAGAUGGAUUGCUGGAGGAGAUGAAGAGGAGGGGGAUUGUGCCCCAUAGGGACAGGGUGGUGUACAAUGCGAUCAUUGCGGGCUUUUGCGAGGACGAGAGGGAUCCCAGUGCUGCAUUUGCUGUGCUUGAUGACAUGCAGAAGUGUGGGUGCAAGCCGGUUGCGGUGACCUAUAAUACGUUGGUUGCGGGUCUGUGCAAGUCGGGGCGGUGGCAGGACGCGAAUGAAUUGGUUGAAGAUAUGCCGAGGCGGGGCUGCACUCCGAAUGUGGUGACCUACAGAAUGCUCUUUGAUGGAUUGUGCUCUGCUGGUGAGUUUCAUGAGGCAAACCGGGUUCUGUCUGAGAUGGUUUUCAAGGGUUUUGCACCGAGCAAGGAUGGUGCGAGUAAGUUUGUUGAGGGGAUUGAGAAGGAAGGAGAUGCAGUAUUGCUGGAGUCGGUGUUGUGCCAACUAGCAAAGGUGAAUGCUUUGGAGUCAAGUGGAUGGGAGAAAGCUAUGAGUGGUGUUCUGAAUGAUCCUGUGGAGCUGAGUAUUGAGAAGCCGCUAGCUUCUAUAAGAUUUGCUUGAUUAGAUUUCUUCAUGGACUUAAUCAAUGGCUGGUAAACGAAGGGCAGGAGGUUGGACAGGUAAGUUCCACGUGCCAAUGUAUCACAAUUUUGUACCGCAUAUGUAUCACAAUGUUGAAUUCAGAUCUAGCCAUCUAGGGGCUACUGUACACAAACAGGGUACUUGGCUUUGGCUAUCAAAGUAUAUACUUAGACCUGAUGCUUAAAUAGAUUUACACGCAAUUUAUUUGUAAAUGAAAGGCGAUUCCAAUUGAAAAACCAUAACAAGUUCCUAUAGCCUCGUAGACUUCGCACAAGGUAGGGUGAGUUGAUAUCCAGAACAUUUGGGGUUCGUUAAAAUUCGAAAUAACAGAAUCCCCCAGCAGAGUUUCUGAUUGUAAAGGGCGUGAUUGGUCCUCAUGCCAUCCAUGUCUACUUGUCUAGCCUUGCUUGGCAAGGUUGGAGGACAAGCCAGUAUAUUUGGUUUCUUUGCUUGGUUUGAAUUUGAGCGAAGCAAGCAAGAAAUUACCUGCUUUUAACUAAGGGAGUGACCAAUUGGCUCUCUUCUCCUCACAAGGUUUGUCUUAUACCAAGCUAGUAGGCAAAGAAACUAAACGUGCGCCCAGUGAUAUCAACCUGGCCAAUUUCAUUCUCCAAUUCUCCUUGUUAAAUGCAUUGAACUAACUCCUAGGUUGUGGAAAAGCUUUUAUCUGUCUGGAAGCAGAUUGUCAGUGAACGCACUCAUUUUUAUAAUAACGUGGACUCAUUUUUUUUAAAUAAAUGCACCAGUGGUCCUUAGACUUAUUUAGAAACCUAGCUGACACUAUGGGACAAACUAAGGACAAAUAGGGAUUUUACUCAUUUUCAUAGGUAAUCUAAUUGCUUUGAUAUUUUUUCAUUUGUCAAACAGGUCAGGUUGAACUUGGGACAGUAGUUGUAUCAAUUGCUGUGUAUAAUCAGGUCUCAAGAAUUACAAUAUUUCUCUUGUUAGUGUCACAACAUCAUUUCUUGCUGUCGAAGAUACCAGCACUACAUGGUAUAGUAUAAUUCUUAGUGUCUCCAUUUUGUUUCUUUCAAGUGAUUCAGAAAAGUCAGAUGAUGGAUUUGAUGGCAAUACACAUCCCCCGUGUUAAGGAACCAAGCCUAGGGAUGAAUUGGUCGAAGGUUACUGCUCCCUCCAUCCUAAAUUAUUGGUCGUUUUGGCUUUUCUAGAUACAUAGAUUUUGCUAUGCACCUAGACAUAAUAUAUAUCUAGAAAAACUAAAACGACUAAUAAUUUGGGACGGAGGAAGUAUCAAGCAAAUAUUUAUGUAAUUACUUAUUUUUGAGCAAGAUCAACUUCCUGCAGGGCAG